UAAAUUAAAGAUUAAAAGGGAGUUAUCUGAAGUCUCAACAUGGCCGUUGCUGUUACACUUCUUCCAGUACUCUUGCUGUUCCCUGUCUACCUCUGGCCCUUCGUAACACAAGCAAACCAUUUAACUGUCGAUUGCUCUUUCGGAAAGGCAGAGGACUUAGCAAGCAAUCUUACAAUGUCUGCCAUGGUUACAGGCAGACUUGCAGCUUCCAAAUAUCAGAGCCACUUAUGUGUCGUGAAGACAAGUGGAUCAAGCCAUCAAAAACGCUUCUUGCAGGUGAAAGCCAAAAUUGUGAACAGCGAAUCGAAUGGAUUUUUGCAUGCAUCAGUAUAUGGAACAGAUAAACCCCAAUUACUGGGCAACUUGGAUGUAUGGAAAUCGAAAGGGGAUUGGAGUUCUCUCAUCAUAUGUCCGUCACGUGACCACAAUAACAAAGAUCAAGAAAAACAUCUGGUACUCUCAGGAACACCAAACCUUGCCUUUAGAGUGCAGGUAGAAAGUUCUGUUGUGAAAAUAGUGCUCAAUAAACCACUGACUUUCGAUUUAGGUCCAUAUGAAUCAUUCAAAGUGUUUCAGUUCAUCCCAACGGAAGACAUCUCAGAUAUGCAGCUUGACGUCACUGUCACUUCUGAAUCUGACGACGUACCAGCUUACCUAAAAGUAUCACGUGACUGCAAGGAUGUCAAUGAGAACAUUGACGUUGUUGACUAUAAGGGAGAGUCGAUUCGCCUGUCUUUUGCUAAAAAGGGACGGAUUACUUUGUCAAGAGUUUCUAUUCCACCAUUGACUGAUUCCACCUCAAGCUGGUUUAUUGGAAUUGCAAUUAAGAAUGCGACAGGUGAGACACCAGAUAAGGCGACUAAGACUGUGACAUUAACUUUGAAAAGAUCAUUUAAUUAUUCCUACGUUUGGCCCAUAUUUCUCUUGGUCGCGUUGUCAGUAGGCUGUGGUGCCGUAGUGGCGUGCUGCGGUAUUCGCUGCUUUUCGAUCUCGCAAGAAGGGAGAAUGGAAGAAUGCUGUAAAGUUGUUUGGAGCUGGUUCAAACGUGGUCCCAAAACAUACUCAUACAUAACUGGUGUUGCUGGCUUUGUGUUGAUGAUUGGUGCAGGCCAGUUUGUUUUCGCCAACUGGCAUCUUAUGAUACAAGAAGGAGACAAAGACACUUGUUAUUACAAUGAUUUUUGUUACAGGGUCAGCAAGUAUGGUGAUAUUCCAUUCAAUUUAAUGAUUAGUAACUUAGCAUAUAUGAUUCAUGGCCUAAUUCUAGCUAUUUCUGUGAUGUAUAUGGAGGCAAAACUAUUUUCUCGUCAGACUGACCCACCCAAGCAUGCGUUUUCCAUGGGUUAUGCUUUUGCCUGGGCUUUAUUUUUUGAAGGUUGUUUUUCCCUUGUUUAUCAUCUCUGUCCAACUAAGCUGACGUUUCAGUUUGAUACAGGGUUUAUGUUCGUCAUUGCAGGAUUGAUCGUUGUUUUGUUGUACAAUGGAAUCGAAAUGAAAGAGAAUUCGGGAGAAAGGGGAUUUGUUGACGCAGCCAAUUUCUUCCUUUACUUCCUUGUACCACUGUACAUUUUUAACUAUUUUGGCACACUGAGUCAUUCAAAAACUGAGCUGGUUAACGCUCCGGCUUUUUUUACUUUUGUUGUAAUUUGGUGGAUUUUCAUUACUUUCUGGACGGGUUGGAAACUAUUCCCAGAUUUUAGUUCAAUAAGUUACAUAAGAGAAAAUCUCGGUAAGUGUCUUUGUUUUUUUCUUGGUUUUGUUUUACCAUUCUUUUCAUGUGGGUUUUUUUCAAGCAAUAUUCCUAUAGCUUUCUUGUUUACCUGUAUUGCAGAAGGCAUUAUUGCUAUUAUCGGCACUCUCUGGUGCAACAGGAAGAAAAUCAAAUGGGCAAAAAGUAAGUGCGCUUUAUGUUUUCAAGUUGCUUAUAUCGCGCUUAUGGUUAUUUUGUGGUUUGUGGCUGGUUGGAUUUUUUUCAAAAAAGCAACAACAGAUAAAACGUUUACUCCUGAAAAAUCAAGAGAUUAUAACCAAGAGUGCAUAAUUUUGAAUUUUUUUGACUACCAUGACCUCUGGCACAUUUUAUCAUCCCAUGCUCUUCUCAUGUCAGCGUAUUUUGUCAUGUUUGCGAGUCACAAGGAAGAUUAAAUUGUCAUGA